AUGCUGGGUUCGCCAUCAGUACCUCAGCACACUCUAGCGGGGGAUGAGAAAGACCACGGCUCGCGCCAGGCGAGCCUAGCGAACGGUGAGCCCAGGAGCAGCCGGCCAUGGCGAGAACGCGGACCGCGAGGGGUCUCUACUGAUGCAGCCAUAGAUCGAGGCGACGUCUCAUUGCUUCCAUCUCCUUCGUGUGUCCAACAGCGCGAUUUUUUCCAUACGUUCUACCCCUUUCGGUUCUUAUUCGAUUCCUUUGCUCCAUUCUUCCCGCAGCCCCUUUUUUUUCAGUUUUCCCAACCUUGCCCACUACCCAAGAAGCAUGAUAUUAGUCAUCUGAUGACGAUGAGAUGACUGUGUCGCUGUUUUCGCGCCGCUGUCUCCACUCUGUUUUGUUGCUGUGCGUCUGCUGCUCCUCCUACGGUGUUGCUUCGGCCCAAAGUGACCGCGAUGUGGCCAGUGGACGCAAGACGGAUUAUCACGAUGACGAAGAGGAUGGCCCAUCUCCCACCCAUUCGGCGGCGGAAGGAGUUACUGCAGCCAGCGAAGGAAGCACUUUGCCAGCGGUGGCGCUGGGAGCGCAGUGCCUGUACGCGCAGACGUGCAGCUUCACGGACCAGCACGCGGAGUGCACGCAGAUCAACCACAACGCCGUGUGCCAGUGCAAGGCGGGCUACCACGAGGUGUCGCUGCAGCGGCCCAGCCGCCGCGUCUUCUGCUCUCCUGUGACGCUGACACGUGUAUAG